AUGUCCAAGAUGCUGGCCCUCUUGCUCAUGAUUGGAGCAAUGUUGUUUACAGUAGGAGCUGAGCCAGUGGAAGAUAAACAAGCAUUGCUUGAUUUCCUUCACAACAUUAACCACUCUCGUAAUCUGAUCAACUGGGAUAAGAAUUCUUCCGUGUGCAAAAGGUGGACUGGAGUCACCUGCAACUCUGAGCAAUCACAGGUUAUAGCCCUCCAACUGACCAGAACUGGAUUGAGUGGUCUAAUCCCACCCAACACUCUCAGCCGUCUCUCAGCACUUCAAACUCUGAGUCUUGCAUCAAAUAGCAUAACUGGUUCUUUCCCUUCUGGUUUCUCUCAGCUAAAGAAUUUGAUCUAUCUGUAUCUCCAAUUCAACAAAUUUUCUGGUCCUUUGCCGUCAGACUUUUCAGUUUGGAAGAAUCUUAGUAUUGUGAAUUUAUCCAACAAUUCUUUCAAUGGGAGCAUUUCAUUUUCACUUUCAAAUUUGACUCAUCUCUCUUCUUUAGUACUAUCCAACAACUCCCUUUCAGGUGACAUUCCUGAUCUCAAUAUCCCUACCCUGCAAGAGCUGAAUUUUGCGAACAAUAACCUUAGAGGGGUUGUGCCUGAAUCCCUUGAGAGAUUUCCAAGUGGGGCAUUUGCUGGUAACAAUCUAACUUCUUCACAUGCACUUUCUCCUUCUUUUCUUGUUCAGCCCCCAAAUCCUCAUCCAAUAAGGAAAAAAUCCAAAGGACUUAGGGAACCAGCAUUGUUGGGUAUCAUUAUUGGUGCUUGUGUGCUGGGAAUCGCAGUAAUAGCAGCUUUUGUGAUUGUGUGCCGCUAUGAGAAAGGUGGUACAAAUGGACAACAAGUGAAGUCUCAGAAAAGAGACGUAUCCAGGAAAAAAGAAGGUUCUGAAAGUCGAGACAAGAACAAAAUUGUUUUCUUUGAGGGUUGCAAUCUUGCAUUUGACUUGGAGGACUUGUUGAGAGCAUCUGCUGAGGUUCUUGGAAAGGGCACGUUCGGGACAGUGUACAAGGCUGCUCUAGAAGAUGCAACAACCGUGGCAGUGAAAAGGUUGAAGGAUGUCACGGUUGGAAAACGCGAGUUUGAACAACAGAUGGAGAUGGUGGGAAGGAUUAGGCACGAUAAUGUGGUUGCAUUAAGGGCAUAUUACUAUUCAAAGGAGGAGAAACUUAUGGUAUAUGAUUACUACGAGCAGGGCAGUGUGUCUUCAAUGUUGCAUGGCAAAAGAGGAGGCAGAAAUUCUUUAGACUGGGAUAGCCGUUUGAAAAUAGCAAUUGGUGUAGCAAGAGGCAUUGCUCACAUCCAUGCUCAACAAGGAGGGAAACUCCUCCAUGGAAACAUAAAGGCCUCUAACAUCUUCCUCAACUCCCAAGGAUAUGGUUGUCUCUCUGACAUUGGUCUUGCAACACUCAUGAAUCCAGCAUUGAGAACAACAGGGUACCGUGCACCUGAAGCAACCGACACACGAAAAUCAAUGCCGGCCUCUGAUGUCUACAGUUUUGGUGUGCUGCUGCUUGAGCUUCUAACUGGGAGGUCUCCCUUACAUGCCAAAGGAGGUGAAGAAGUUGUCCACUUGGUUAGAUGGGUGAAUUCUGUGGUUAGAGAGGAGUGGACUGCAGAAGUGUUUGAUGUGGAGUUGCUGAGGUAUCCAAAUAUUGAGGAGGAAAUGGUUGAGAUGCUACAAAUAGGGAUGGCAUGUGUUGUGAGAUCACCAUAUGAGAGGCCAAAAAUUGGCGAGGUGGUGAGAAUGGUGGAGGAAAUUCGUAGAGUAAAUACUGAAAAUAGAUCAUCCACUGAAUCUAGAUCAGAAGGUUCCACUCCAACCCCUCAUGCAAUUGAGACACCUUCUACCUCUUUUGCUCAUUGA